AUGGAAAAUUCUGACGCCGAUGUCGCAAUUGUACAGGAACCCUAUUACUAUAAUUCUUUUUUACCAAUUUUUCCUUCUUCCUACCGGAUUUUCUUUGAUACACAUAGUGACACCAUCAAAGCUGCUAUUAUUAUUCGGAAUAAGCAAGUAUCUAUCUUUUUAGAUUUAAAGAAUCUUAGCUACAAUAUGGUUCUUCUUCAUGCUUCUUACCUUAAGUCCGAGUUUAUUUUGCUUUCAUACUAUUUUGAACCCAGUAAAAAUAUUGAAGAUGAUCUUAGCAAAAUUAAUGAUGCUCUUUCUACCAAAAACUGCAGUAAAUUAAUUUGGGCUAUGAAUGCCAAUAGUAAAUCUGAAAUAUGGUUCAGUCCUUUUUCGGAUUCGCGCAGUGCUAAGCACUGUGAUUUUUUUAGCAUGUAUCAUCUUUUCGUGAUUAACGAAGAUUGCGGCCCCACUUUUUGCGGUUCCCAGGGUUCCAGCUAUAUUGAUGUUACGGUUGUGGGAACUGAUCUUCUUGGUGAUGUUUCUAGUUGGAGUAUUCCAGACUAUGAAUCUUUGUCGGAUCAUCUUACUAUUGAAUUUGAUAUUGCUCUUUCUCCUCAUAUUUCUUCUUCAAUUUAUCAACCAAUUCGCUUUAAUGUUAACAAAGCAAAGUGGGACCGUUUCUACUUUUUCUGCAAGGAUAAAAUUAACAAUCUUACUAACCUCUUAGAUUCCUGUACGGAUCGUAAUUCUCUUUACACUAUCACAGAUGACUUAGGUUCUGUUAUCUACCAAGCUUCUAAGCUUUCAAUGCCUAUUAAGAAACACGGAGCUCAUAAAGUGCCCUGGUGGACCACAGAAAUUAACUGUAUGAGGAAACAAGUUAAUGCAGCAAGGCGAAGAUUUCAAAGAACUCAUAACUCUUCUAUAAGAGAGUUCUACAGACAAAAAUAUCUACAACUCAAAAAAAUUUACG